UUCUCUUUCCCAAAUUCUUAAGCGUUCACACAAGCUUUUCACAUGGAAAUCGGCUCCCCCGCAUUCCUUACCCUCGAAGACUAUUCUUCCUUCUUCUUCCCUGACAUGGAUCCCAUUCCCAAUUCCAAUGUCAACAAGCGUCGUGCAAACAACGACCAGUUCGACUUAAAUGACUCCGCAUUCAGCCACCUCCUCAAUUCCAUCAUGGAUCCUAACCAUUUCCAACACCAAUCCAAACCAAUCCAAUUCGACUCCUCCCCGACCAAGAGAGCUCGCCGUGACCUCCUCGUUCUCGAAGACAGCCACCUCAACCCCGCCUCGGCCCCGCAACAGCAGCGCCGUCUCUGGGUCAAGGACCGCUCCAAGGACUGGUGGCAGCGGUGCAACAGCCCGGACUUCCCCGAAGAGGAAUUCCGGCGCCACUUCCGCAUGAGCAAGGCCACCUUCGACAUGAUCUGCCAGCACCUGGACUCCGCCGUCACCAAGAAGAACACCAUGCUCCGAGAAGCCAUCCCGGUCCGGCAGCGCGUGGCGGUGUGCAUUUGGCGCCUCGCCACCGGCGACCCCCUCCGCGAAGUUUCGAAGCGCUUCGGCUUGGGAAUCUCCACGUGUCACAAGCUGGUUCUGGAGGUCUGCUCCGCCAUCAAAAGCGUUCUGAUGCCCAAGUUCCUCCACUGGCCAAACGAAGCCGAAAUGAAACCCAUCACCGAAAAAUUCGAGUCUCUCUCCGGAAUCCCCAACGUGGGAGGCUCAAUGUACACCACUCACAUUCCCAUCAUUGCACCAAAAUCCAACGUCAACGCUUACUUCAACAAGCGCCACACAGAAAGAAACCAGAAGACAUGUUACUCUAUAACCGUCCAGGGCGUGGUUGAUCCCAAAGGUAUUUUUAGCGAUGUUUGUAUAGGUUGGCCUGGGUCUCUCUCAGAUGAUCAAGUGUUGGAGAAAAGCGCGUUGUAUCAGAGAGCCACUAUGGGAAAUUUGAAGGACGUGUGGGUGGUGGGAAACUCGGGACACCCUCUGAUGGAGGGUGUUUUGGUUCCUUACACUCAUCAGAAUCUUACUUGGACGCAGCACGCGUUUAAUCAGAAGGUUGGGGAGAUUCAGAGCAUUGCUAAGGACGCUUUCGCCAGGCUCAAAGGGAGGUGGUCUUGCUUGCAGAAGAGGACUGAAGUCAAGCUUGAGGACUUGCCCGUGCUUCUUGGGGCCUGCUGUGUUUUGCAUAAUAUUUGUGAGAUGAGGGAUGAGGAAAUGAAGCCUCAGUGGAACUUUGACAUCUUUGAUGAUCAGAUGCUGCCCCAGAAUAAUAACCUUCGCUCUAAUGCUGCCGAGCAAGCCAGAGAUCAGAUAGCGCACUACUUGUUGCACCAUGGCCGUGCAGGGACUAAUUUUUUCUAGACUUCUUGGGAUAUCACACUUUCUCAUUAAUUCUUUUGGCUAUGCCCUUAUUAUUAUAGUCACUUGCAUUAUAAUAACAUUCUCAUCAUCUACUUCUUAUAUGUAUCAAUUUGUAUCGAUAUCUUUUGCCCCACCAAAAAAAAUUUUGAAUAUUUCAUUUUGAAA